AUGCUCCAGCGAAACCUACCACCACUUCUCAGGAUUUCAUUUUUGAUGCUGGGCGCCACAACUCUGGGUAGCUCACAAGAAACUGAAGAAACAGUCACGUACACUGCAUCUCUCGGGAGUGGAGUCGAGUGCCUCAGCGAGAUCAAUGCUGCGCGUGAGGCAGCUGGGUUGGAUCACUUCAUGCAGGCUUCAGGUGACACAGAAUUAAGUGAUCCAGCAGCAGAGGAAGAAGAGCUAGGGGAACAGUGGAAAAAACUUUGCGAAUAUUUGAUCCCACAAACGGGAACCGCGGCUCAGACAAGAACGGCGAAUCCCUUUGAAAAGGGAACGUAUGCGUUCAAGUCCCUAACUGCCGGGCAACCCAACUGCAAGGAAUCAGUUGAUUCCUGGAAGGCAGCCUAUAAAAGCUUCACUGGACUACCACCAUCAAAGAAGGAAGCUGGGACACUGUAUGACAAUCAAGACAACGUUUCUUUUGUAGCUCUGUACAACCCUUCAACUAAUGCCACUGCAGACUGCCGAGUCGUCACUUGCACUCAAACGAAUACCACUACUACGCGGCCAGAAGCUCUAAUGGCAACAGCGGAGGGGGGCACCGACACUGCGAAAAAUGGCUACGCUCUGCUUUGCAAGACGAUGCCUACUGCCUUUCCAAGUGAAACCUCUGCUCCAUUCACGCAGGAGCAGUGGGACAAGAUAAUGUCUUCUCUCACAGGUUCCGGGUCAAUAACAGCUCCAAGCCUGGCUGCUCUUGCCAUUGUAACGUUCGGCAUUAUGACAUAA